AUGGAGGUGGAGGGUACUGCAGAACCAGCCAACGUGGACCAAGGCCUGACUCUGGCCUGCAUCGCCUUCCUCUGUCUGCUCCUGGUGGCCAUGAUCAUCUGCUGUGCCAAGGUCAUCAUGGACUCCUCUACCUGGGAGGAACAGCUCCUGGAUGACUGA